AAUACAUCAUAUACAUCAUAUGACCAAUUUCCAUCCCCCAAGCGGCCGCCACAGUUUUUGGAGAAACACUUAAUUAGUUUCUUAAUUGACUUAAACCAUCAUAUCCACCGGAAUUUCUACCACCUAAGAACAUAAGGAGAAAUAGCAAAAAAAGAAGCUAUGCUCCAAGCCAUCUCUUCUCAACACGAUGCCCACCACGAGCGGCGGCGCAAGAAUUCUCUCGCGAGUCUAACGGGCUCGCUACGGGAUAACAAAACACAUCUACUACUUGCGGCCUCCGGAUCCGUCGCCACCAUCAAACUACCGCUGAUCAUCGAGGCACUGUCGAAGAGGCACUCGGCACGGAAUAGUGGCAAGAAGCUCAGCAUCCGCGUGUUGCUAACGCCAGCCGCAUCACGUUUCCUCGCCGGCCAGUCCCACGAGCAGCCUCACGUAUCCUCGCUACUUUCCAUGCCAUGCGUCGACGGCGUCUACGUAGACGCAGAUGAGUGGCGCGAGCCUUGGAAACGCGGCGAUGCGAUUCUGCAUAUCGAGCUGCGGCGGUGGGCCGACCUCCUCGUCAUCGCCCCCCUAAGCGCAAAUACAAUGGCCAAGAUUGUAGGCGGCUUUGCUGAUGGCAUUCUGACAAGUGUCGUGCGCGCAUGGGACGUAUGGGGCGAGCUCGACAGCGAUCUGGUUCUUGCUAAUGGCGAACAACCCUUUCUCAACGGAAAUGGGAGACGGCAGAAGAAGCAUAUUAUUGUAGCGCCUGCCAUGAACACAGCCAUGUGGCGACACCCGGUUACGGCUAAAUCACUACGUGUUCUAGAGGAGGAAUGGGGAGUACACCGCAACAGCAACAAAGCAGCGCAAGUACCAACUGCGGAUGAGAGCCACACAGCAGAAGAUCAGGUUGAAAACGCUGAUACCGACGACGAUGGCGGCUGGUUUGAAGUUCUACGACCACAACAGAAGACACUGGCGUGUGGGGACGUUGGAGAUGGCGCUAUGAUGGAAUGGAACGACAUUGUGACUGUUAUCGAGGACAGACUAGGCUUAAAUGAAUGAGUGGGCAGUUCAUUAAUUUGCCAUCCAAAUUUGGCUGGGUUACGUAGAGCAGUAAUACGGGUGGCUAUACAGUACUAGGAAUAGGGGUUAGGCAACACAAGAAGCGCGGUUUUAUGUAUUAAUGUACUACUAUAAGUACGAGACUCAAUA